CCUUUAGACGUCUGAAACAAAUUACUCUUCACGGAAAGUACGUGAAGAGAGAACUGUUAGCGUCAGCAAGCAAACUCCUAUCAAAUCUUGAAGACAUAAAAAUUUCUCUUGCAAGCAACGAUGAAGAAGAGUUGGCAAAACCAUUCAAUGCCAGCAAAAUUUAA